AGUUCCGGGUAAAUGAGUACGAGUCAUAGCUCAGCCCUUCGUUUUUGGACCGUGGACCGAAACUUGUUUGACGCAGUUCACUCUGACCAUUCAAGCGUGGAUGAACGCGUCACAAAUCAAUUGCGACAACACACCCAAGCCGACCCUUUUAUGUCAGACAGAAUACGCUUGGCCACCGUGCAUCUAUUCACGUGUAGUGCUUAGAUCUCAUGAAAGAAAAUUAAAGAGGUCCACCAGAGGACUGGUUGAACUGAAACCAUCCAUUUUCAGUUGAGACUGAGGAGUGACCGAGGUUAUCAUGCCAUCUCGAUCGCCACAAGCUUACCGUGAUGGGAGGGAGGAAGACGGGUGGAUUCGCCCCUAUGACCCACAUCGGGACGUCGGUGCUUGGUCUGUCCGUCCACAUGCUGGCAGGGGUGAAGAAAAUUAUGGAUUUGAAAGGGAUUAUGAGCCCCACUAUGACCAGUACUACAACCGACCAUAUUACAUCUCAAGAAAUGAUGGAGAGAUCAAACCACACAGAGAAACAUCCAGACACUCCUAUCCUGGCAGGCAAGUGCCAAUACCCAAGUCAAACAAUGAUCGCAGGAGUUUCAUUUACUGGGCCCUUGCAUUGUUCUCCAUUCUUGCCGUGCUUCUUCUCAUCGCCCUGGUGAUUUUUGUCAUCGUCUACGUAAUUCAGCUGGAGGGGGAUAACUCCACAGCAUCAACCGUGGCACCAACUCAGCCUCCAGGAGUGACAACAGAAUCUCCUCCAGGAGCAAUGGUUAAUGUUUCAAUGAGGUUGAUGCAGCCAUUUUUGCCAGGUUACAAUGACCCCUCGUCACCAGAAUAUAUGCAACUAAAGGCCACUUUCACUGCUGCUAUGGAUAAUUUGUUCCUAACCAGUGAUUUGAGGGGCACUUACAUUGGAGCCAAUAUUAACAGCUUCAGCCCUGGUAGCGUAGACGUUGGCACUACGUUGUUAUUCACUGAUACUGUGCUGUCGUUGGCACCAACGGCAGACCCGAACAAUGACACACCCCUAGAAACCCGGAUCGGGAUAAAGAUCGCGGACACUAUCACCACAGCAGUUGACAAUGGUGCAUGCUGUCAAGGACUUGCCAUAAAUUCAAGCACAGUACAAGUCAUGCAAGUCACUAUUGAAAUAUUGCCAACCUCAGCACCAAGUGUUCAGCCAACAGUUCCAUUGUCAACAUCAACACCGACUCUCCAGCCAACACCAUCACCACCAACCCCAACACCGACUCUCCAGCCAACACCAUCAUCACCAACCCCAACACCAACUCUCCAGCCAACACCUUCGCCAACUCCAACACGGACUCUCCAGUCAACAACGUCACCACCAACCCCAACACCGACUCUUCAGCCAACACCUUCGCCAACCCGAACACCGACUCUCCAGCCAACACCGUCACCACCUACCCCAACCCCGACUCUCCAGCCAACACCGUCACCACCAACUUCAACACCAACCGUCCAGCCAGUUACAAUGUCCACCACUACCACAAUGCGAGCUUCCAUCACACCUGUCCCUGAUCCUGUCACAACCACACAGGUUGCCAUAACAACAGAAGAUGUUCCCUUGACCACCACGGUGGACAUACCUUUAACAUCAAAGAUGGUCAUGACUACUGCCUCUUAUGAAUCCACCACAGCAGAAGCUUCCACACCCAGACCAAGUGUAUUAAACCCACCAGAGUGUGGCAUAUCCAGUCAGGCACCCCCAUCCCCUCCUAAUGCAACAGCCAGGGGUACAUGGCCAUGGGUGGGGUCAUUCAGAUAUCGGGAUGGUCACAAAUGUGGGGUGACCUUGCUGAGUCAUGACUGGGCGCUGACCUCCGUGAGCUGUGUUGGGGAUGGUGGUUCGUUCAGGUCUGUAGUCUUUGGUGACAUCACCAGCACCUACAGCCAAUCAGAUGUCCACAUUGAACGUGAAAUUGCAAGAGUUUACCCCCAUCCUGGUUUCAACCCUAUUACUUAUGACAAUGAUGUUGCAUUUCUUAAAAUGACUCAGUCUGUGGAGUACAGUCAGGACGUUGGUCCAGUGUGUCUCCAGCGUGAUGCUCAACCAGCAGUGUCUUAUAGCAAUUGUUAUGUAGCAGGAUGGGGCACUUUGAAUAACACCAAUCAAGAUAAUCUACAGACUGCAUCUGCCUCCAGUAUUUCAGAUGGUCCCUGCCCAGAGACGUAUCCUUUCCUGGACCUGACUGACAAAUUCAUCUGUGCGCAGUUUCCCAAUGUUGAUGUGUGCGUUAGUGACCUAGCAUCUGGUUUAGUGUGUCAGAAUAACAUGACACGUGUUUGGAGUCUAAUCGGUAUCGCUGACUCGGCCUCCAAUGACUGUAGAAAGGCUACUUUCCUCAAGAUCUCCAAUUACUGGGAAGAGGCAUUGUCUAUCGUUUAUGGCACCCCACAGUACCAGUGUGAAUCAGUUCAAGUCCCACAAUGCAUCUCAGCCUUGUCCUACUCCUCGACUUAUCCCACUACCCAGUCCACGGUAACCGAGGUCAUGAACUCAGCACAAUCAUCUGGGCUCCUCAACUGCCACAGUCUCGUCAGCACUGUCCUGUGCACCAGCCUCCUUCCUGAAUGUAAGGCAAAUGGAACUGGACUGACUCUAUGUAGACAGACAUGCGAGGAGGUUUCCACUGCCUGUGCUACCCUAUUCAACCAGCUAUCAUUCAGCCUGGAGUGUAAAUUAUACCCUACAGGAUUAACGCAUGCGUCAGGGCUGUGUGAGAGUGGAGAAGACUACUUCUGUGGGAAUCGUAGCAUUUCACUCCCAGCUGUCUUUGAUUAUGUCACUAUCUCGUCUCCCAAUCACCCUAAUGCCUAUCCCAAUUAUGCUGACUGCAUUUGGAUCAUCACAGCACCCCAAGAUGGAUAUGUUGUGAUUAAAUUCCUAUCGCUACAAAUAGAAAGUUGCUGUGAUACACUGACCAUUGGGGAGGGAACAGACGUGGAAAAUAGAACAACCAUCCAUCAACAGGUGUUUGGUAGUGCCCAACCCUUGCCCAUGGUGAUUCCUAGCUCCGUUGUUUGGAUGAGGUUUCAGUCUGACAGAAGUGUUCAACAUGCUGGCUUUGAGGCUGAGGUGCAGGCCAUAGGGAAUACUGGUUUAGCCAGUUUCUGCUCAGAUCCAUCAUCAUACAGGUGUUUUGAUGGAUCAUUUUGUAUUCCGUAUCGAUGGCGCUGUGAUGACCAUCAGGAUUGUGUUCUGAACAAGGAUGAAUCAUGCCGAGUUAUUUACCAAGAAUUCGUCCUGGGAGUUGAUGGGUACCAGCAAAUUACUUCACCUUAUUACAACACCAGAGGGUAUCCCAAUUAUGCUCGCCUCACCUAUGUCACCAAAACUCUACCUGGUCGUAAACUCCUCAUCAAUUGGGAUGGCUUCCAGACAGAGGAUGGAUUGGAUUUCUUAGAAAUUGGUGAUGGCAGAGACCCAGACAACAAGUCCACGUUGUUCUUCCGCUGGUCUGGAAAAGUUUUGCCACCAGUACUGCUGUCUGAUGGGAAUGAGAUGUGGAUUCAAUUCACAAGUGAUUCAUCUCUUAAUGACCGUGGAUUUGAUCUGGCUUUGUUUGAUGUGGAUGGUUCCGAAUCCUUUGAUUGUUCCAGCAACCAGUUUCAUUGUGGCCAUUCAGUUUGUAUUCCAGAUUCUUGGCAGUGUGAUGGCACUGCUAAUUGUGCCAACAAUUCAGAUGAAGCUGGUUGUGUAUCAUUGACAGCAACAGGUCGCAUAACUUUUCUAGUCGAGUUCACUAGUGAACUUGAGAAUCAAACCUCAUCAGAUUAUUUGGAUCUGCGCAAUCGCUUCCGUGAUGCUAUGGGCACAGCACUACGAUUUGGGCUUAGUGAAGAAUAUAUCUACAUAUCCACCACUGUCAACAGCUUCAGAUCGUCAGACGAUCCUACCCUAAGAGCAGCCAACACUCCCAACACCGUUGUGGACUUCACAGUUCAACUGACCAACUUCCCUCCGGGCAAUUCCACCAAUGCUACAAAGCAAGCUAUCCUGAGUGUCUUAAGCAGUGAAGUCAGUAAUGGCACCCUAGGUGAUAUUCCUGUCAAUGCCAGUACUGUCGAGAUAUUUCAAGUAUCUGAUGGCUCAACGACAGUUUCAACAACAGAGCCUCCCACGUGUACCAAUGAACAGUUUGAAUGUGGCAGUGGGCAGUGUAUCCCUCAAACUUCAGUCUGUGAUCAAGCUGUUGAUUGUAUGGAUUCCACUGAUGAAGCUGUUGGACAGCUCUGUCCCGUGGCUUGUGGACCUUCCACCAUCAAUGUCUCAGCCCAAGGCUCUGUUCGACUCACUGUGCCAACUUUCUUGCCGGAUCUACCUGCUGUCACCUAUCAGAGGUGUGGCUACAUAAUCUCAGCACCAGCCAACUACAGAAUUCAACUUAUCAUGCAUAAAGUUGUUCUCCACUCUGUAUUCCAAACACUGAUCUUGACUUUUGGAGAGGGAAAAAUGAUUCAAUAUUCAGGGAGCUUGGAUCAACCACUUGAUGUGAUCAGCCAGUAUAACUUGAUGAGCAUCGCCUUGUUUGGUUACAUCUGGAGGGAUAACUAUGGCAUUGACUUUGAAUUCCGAGCCACUAAUGAAACAGAUAUCAGGGUAUGUGACAAUGGUUUGCAGGUUCUACCAGCUGAAAGGGUUUGUGAUCAGAGGCAUGACUGUUUGGACUACACUGAUGAAAUUGGCUGUCAACCUCAGUGUGGUCAGUCUAACUACACAUUGACCUACAAUGUCUCAGUCCUGUUACAACUGACCAACUACCCAACGAACUACGUUAAUGGCACAGCUUGCUUGUGGUUAAUCACAGGCCCGGAUCAUGCAUCUAUCAUUUUCCAGACAAGUGUAGUGGAUCUUGCCAAUUCAGACACUUUGUCCAUUGGGCAAGGGCAUAAUUUCACUGCACCUUUGACAACCAUCACAGUGAUUCCUGGUGUUCUGCCCACUGGUUCCCAUGUCCUGGUACCGGGGAACCGUGCCUGGGUGUUGUUUGUGUCAAACUCUGCAGAGACAAGGACCGGUUUCAGCAUCAAUAUGCGGGUGUUGAAUGAUGGAGAUUUCCUGCGCUGUGAAAAUCUGGUCCAAGCAUUCUUUGCCGAAGAUGUUUGUGAUGGGACAGCUGUGUGUCAGGGACAUCCCACAGAUGAAGUCAAUUGUGAUGCUUGUCUGCCAAUCCCAGUUACCAACUGUUCCAAUCUCCUGCCUUACAGUACCACCCAUUAUCCUAACCGGUUUGCAGAGAAUGCUGCGUCUGCCAUGGCCCAGUACCAACAGGCCAAAGCUAGCUUCUGUCAGCCCCAGUCAGAGCUGGUGAUCUGUUCACUGCUAUUCCCAGAAUGCCCUGAGAGUGUGUCUAGCAGGCAGGCUGUCUGCCGCAGUGUCUGCGAGGCAGCAGUCAAUGGGUGUGGCUUUAAUGAUGGCAUCUGUGAUUCGUUGCCCAAUACAGGUGGUGAUUUGUGGUGCAAUUAUGAAAAUGAUAUCUUUGAGACUGGGAUUUGUGGUACUGCCCCAGCAGGACCUAAUCCUUUCUCACGUAUCAUUGGCGGUCAGGAUGCAUCUCCUGGGGAGUGGCCUUGGAUGCUGGCCAUUCUGGAUGCAGAUUAUGAUUUUCGAUGUGGAGCCUCACUUAUCAACAAUCGGUGGGCCAUCACAGCUGCUCAUUGCGCUGAUGCUGUUAAUUCUCUCCUCAUCGGUGUUCUCAACUUAUCCAACCUGGGACCCAAUUACAAACUGGUGACUGUCAGUGAAAUCAUCGUACAUUCAUUUUACGACCCUAACAAUGAUUACAACUACGAAAAUGAUAUUGCACUGUUGAAACUGGAGACCCCUGUAGAGUUUAAUGACUACAUUCGACCAGUGUGUCUAAAUAAUGUGCAGAAUGAAACCGAGAAGUACCAGAAAUGUUACGCCACUGGCUGGGGGACAACUGUGGAAGGAAGAACUGUACUUCCUGACAUUCUUCAAGAGGUAGUUGUCCCUCUGGUGCCAUUGGAGAAUUGCACCACAGCCUUGGAGGACUCCUUUCUGAUUACAGAGAAGAUGAUCUGUGCUGGAUAUGAGGAAGGUGGUCGUGACUCAUGCCAGGGUGAUAGCGGAGGUCCAUUGGUAUGUGAAGGUGAUGAUGGUAGAUGGCUUUUGGUUGGAGCAACUAGUUUUGGUGAAGGAUGUGCUAGACCCGGCUUACCAGGUGUCUACGUCAGGAUCUCACAGUAUAUUGACUUCAUCCAGUUCCAUGUUAACCAAGAUGUGCCAACACCAGGAAAAGUAAUUGGAUGAUAACAGAGAUAUCUCAGAAGAUUGCUUCCAUGUACGUCUGUAAUUGCAAAGGUCAGAUAGGUGCUGUGACUGGAUGACUCAGUACAGUGACCUCCUGUAUGGAUAAAGUGGGGUCAUUUUUCAACUCUACCAAGGCAGCAUCAGGAGACAUCAUGUAUGGCAUUUUCAAAGACGGGAGACCCUGUUGUUAGAUGUCUAUUAAUGUCACAACUGCAGUUUAUCUCAGUAGUGUAUUCUCUAUUGGCAAUUCUAUUCCACCGUAAGUUUUGUAUUCACAGAGAAGUACUUUGUAAUAACUUCAUUUAAUUUAUACAUUUCUACCCUAACUCUUUACAGUCUAAAUUUUUAAAGAAAUGUAUUUGUAUAUGUGUGGAAAAUACAGACUGUUGGUAUUUUAUUAUUUUAGUUUGUAAAGAGGCAGUGUAAAUUUUCUGUGUAAAUGUUGAAUAUUUUUAAAACAUUGAAUAGUAUUUACGUACAUGUAAUGUGUAAAAGUUCUUUUAAAUUCAACGGUAGAACCUAAAAUCAGUAAAGACAGCCAAAAUGCAAUUCCUGAAACAAACUUCAGGAAAUGUAUGCAAUCAUGCCAGGAGUGUCAACAUUAAUGUAAAACCAGGACAUCGAGAAACAAGGAAACUUCCAAACUACACAAGAUUUAGCUUUAUUCAAUUUGGAAUCGUCCCCUUUUCCCAAAUGUUUACAAUGCCCUAUUAUAGAAAACCUUUAUGAAAUGGACAAGUGCAUAAUUAGUAAGGAAGCAAAAUGACAAAGGGAAGUUUCCAGGGGGAUGGGGAGUAUGUUGCAAAAAAUAAAUCUACUAUUGAAGGAACAAGUAACAUCCAAAUGAGAUGCAAUGUCAGUUUUGACAUUUCCAUCCAUUCCAACUUUAAUGGCAAGUAACAAGUUAUGAAAACACCUGUCUAGGCAUGCCAGAUUUUCCAACUGUAGGUUGCAAGUAAACGUACCGUAAUGACUGAAUUAAAUCCAGUGAGUAUACAAAUAUGCCAUGCUAUUCCAUCCUGUCUUGGUGGAAUUCAUGUUUCCUAUAUCAGGGAGUGUUGGAAAGCAACUAGGCCAUCUGCUUCAUGUGGUUUACAGAUUACUUGUAAAACAUCCAUGCAAUUCACAAUGUGUUGAGAAUUAUCAUAUUGUCAUUUCUAUUGUAAAACGAUGCUUUAAUUUCACAGGUUCUUGCAUUAUUUUGCAGUGCCAAAAUUCUGUGUACUGGCACAAAAAGUUUAAAUAUACUGUAAAUAUAUAAUGCUGAGUGAAUAUUCAGUUAAUGUAUGAUGUAUUCUGAUUGAUUUGAUAGUUUCAACUAUCAUUUGUUUGCAAACUCUCAAAUGUUAUAUGUAAUCCGCCUUUACACACUUGUAUUGGUGGCAGUGAAAGUGUGAUCUUGUAUUCUUUCAGUAUUUUCAAAUUUCCAAUAAAUUCAAAUAAUCUUAAUAUAAAUGAAUGUAAUAAUCAGAGUAAUACGUGUCACAGACAGUAUAGAUAUAUUGAACUUGUUUUAAUCCUUGGACUACAUUGGACGUUUUAUACUUUUUUACGAGCCAUUAAUAUUCAUUGAAAUAAAGGUGAUUUCUUUUAAUAAAAUGAAAACUGGCUUGA